AUGUCGUCCUUAUUUGAAAAGUGUCCAGCGUGCAAUGCAAAGACCUCGGGACAUCUGUUCUGUUCCUCGCCAUGUCGCUCGUCCUAUCUAUCGCCGUCACAUCUUCAAGGCCCACUCAAUAGCUACGGGGAUAGAAGGGACUCGUCCUCCGUGCCGUUUGAUAUCAAACGUCCGCAAGCCCCAUUGCGUAUCCAGACCUGCCAUGCUAGGUUUCCCAACCCCGGGGCUCAACAUAUCAAUCCGAAAUCGUCUGCCCAGACUGGACUGCUGAGCCCGAGCGAGCUCAAACAGUACGAAGACUAUUUCGACCAGGAUCGAACUUCGAAACGACGCAGUCUAUCUUCGUUGAACUCGAGCGAGUACUCGAUCACCGUCCUGCCGGCAGACGAAUGA